AGGUCCCAGAGGCACUCAGAUGGACUGUUUACCAGUGAAUACAGCAAGAUGAGAGGAAACGCUCAGGUUCAGAAAUUCAUUCAAAAUCUCAUGGGCCACAAGCGCAGCUGUUUUUCAGGAACAGCAUAACAGACUGCAACUAGAAGAGAGAAACCAUAAGUCAUGGGCUGGAGAACAAAACCUGUUACAGAAGAGAAUGUGGACCAUGAAGAAAAGGUCUGGCUAAAAUAAAUAAGAUAUAGUUGGUAUAGUAGCAUCAUUAUGACUUUUUCCAGGAAAUGAUCUAACCAAAACACACCCUCUCCCUGGCACAUUGGAAACAUAAAUUUGCCUGCUUCCUCCUCACUGGGAGAGGCUGAAGUAUACAGACAGCUUCCCAAAUGUCAGCCCUUAUCCUCCUUCAUGUUUAUCUCAGGGGGCUUGCCUCUGAAUUCUGAAAUGCUUCAAAUCUAUCCUUGUUGCUACAGAGAGUUUAGGAUAGGAAAGACCCAGGAACAAAGCAGAAACAGGAAUUUAUGCGUCAUCAUGUUCCAUGACCAGUAAAUAUCUUUCAAUAAGUCAUCCAAUGAGGCAAAGAGGCAAAGGUUGAACUGCAGUAAUCCACUCCAGCCAGCCAAUGGUUUUGGCCUUUAUGAAGCAGUGAAUGCAGAAGAUGGUGCUGGGAGAAACAGGGAGAGAAGACCAGCUUAAUCAGAAGCAUUUUUUUUUCAACAACUGGCAGCUCACCAUGGCUGUUUCUCACUGGCUCCUCACUGCUAUGCUCUUUCUGCUGCUCUUUGUAACACAUGUUUCAGCACAGCAACAAGGUAAGCUCUUGCAGGAGGUCCGUGACCACAGAAGAAUAACCCCCCGGGCGGCAGCAGCUUGCACCAUAGUAAGUGGGAGAUUUUUACCUUCUUACUCCAAGACAGCUUUGUUCAACAACCUUCUCUCCAAGGGUAACCAGAGGGGUCUCAGGUCUCACUCAACUCUGUCAGAAUGUGAAUCCCUGGGCAAUUUUGUGUCUAAUUUGUGUGUUUUUCCAGGGUGUUCUGUGAGUAAUAGAAACCCAAGCAUUUAUGAAAAUAACCCUCUUGGCUACGUGGUGACCACUAUCCGUGUGGAACCAGGCUUCACUGUAAUGAUUGAUCCUUCUUCCCCCGACCACAGUUUUUUCACUAUAAAGGGGUCUGAGCUACAGCUGAGCCGAAGUGUGGACUAUGAGAAAGACACCUUGCUGAUGGUGGACCUGAUUUGUAAGAACACUGCUGGGCAGAGUGAUUAUUUGCAGAUUUUAGUGACCAUUCUCAACGUGAACGAUAACAGCCCAGUGUUUAAGCAAAUGAAUCUCACCAAAGUUGUCCCUGAGGAUACAAAAGUGAAUGCAACCAUUGUAGCCCGUGAAGAUUUAAGUGCUAGUGAUGCUGACCUGGACAUCAUCUUUUAUGAACUUACAACAAAAUUGCCGGGCACAGAUGGUUAUUUUGCCAUAAAAGGAGUUAACAACCCAGAAAUUUAUUUACAAAAAUCAUUGGACUAUGAGAAAUUUAAAUCGACAAUGUUGGUUUUGUAUGCAAGGGACAGGCCUGUGGGCAGCCCUGACACCACCAACACAGCUACCACAACAAUAAAUGUAUUUAUUGAGCAAGCUGACACCAAACCACCAUGGUUCCUACCUUGUACCUUCAUUAACACAGAAAAGAGCAUUUGCAUCAGCAGACCCUAUACUGGGCGGAUCAAUAUCUUCGAGAUGGCGAUGGAACCACUCAUCCUGGAGCCAGGGCCUAUCUAUGCUAUUGAUCCUGACUACACUUUAAAUGAAAAAAUCGUGUACAGCAUUGUUGGUGGGGAUACAGACAAAGUAUUCUCAGUGGAUGCAAACACAGGGAAUCUAACUAUGAACAAAGUAGCAACUGCCCCAGACUCAUACAUACUGCAAGUCAUGGCCACCCAGGUCAACAACAUACAGAAAUACUCUGUAGUCAGUGUAGAAAUUAAGGUCAUCAAUAAAAGUUAUUAUCCACCGUACUUUGCGAGCAGUAUCUACCACGGGACAGUAUUUGUUGGUCUGGCCCCAAGAAGCUUUGUCUUCCAAGCUGGUGAUCCUUCAAGGCCCCUGAUGAUAACAGCAGCGGAUGAUGAUUUCCCUGACAAAUUCAACCCAAACAUUGAGUACUACAUAAAAAACAGCACCGAUUUCAUCAUAACAAAAGACGGACUCAUCCUGACAAACAUGAUGCUGCAGUCACCGGGAACUGUAACCAUUGAGGCUGUUGGAAAAGAUGUGGUGAGCCUGCAGGAGGCGAGCACUGUAAUCAUGGUAGAGGUCAUCCUUGCCACAGUUGUAACCUCCUCUGAUAAGAUACACACUGCUCAGGAUAUGAGUCUCUUAGGUGGUACACUAGCAGCACUGCUAUUAAUUGCCUUAGUCUUCCUUGGAGUGAUGAUACAUAAACGGUAUGGAAAAGCAGUCACAUACCUGGUAAGGAAAAAGUUCUCCAAGGAAAUCUCUGGGGAUUACCAGAACAAAUCUUACCAGCAAGAUGAACACCCAGAUGUAAGCAACAAAGCUCCAGCUUUGCACCAGCAUGAGGUGUCAGAAAAUGGCAGAGUCCAGCUGAUGACACAUGUGCUAGAGCAGCCAGCACUUUCCUUGCCCUCUUCCAAUGCAAAAAAAAUUGAUAGCCUCCCAAAGUCUUCUCUAGCUUCCACCACCAUCUUUGACCAGGAAGAGAAAGAGGAAGAAGUGGAAGAAGAGACUCAGCAUGAGAAAGAAGUGAAGUCUAUCCUCAAGACAGACAGGCAUGUGGCAGAUGAUGGCUACAAAGCUGUGUGGUUUAAGACUGAUGUGGAUCCAGAUGCUGGAGAGAGGGUGCAAGUGAUUGAGGACAAUGCAGCAGAUGGUGAUGAUGACAGUGACCAAGAUUUGCAGAAGAAUGAAGAGGAGGAGGAAGAAGAUUAUGACAAGGACGAUCACCACAGAGGAAUGGGACUGUCCUUUGCCUCAGAGAGCUCAUCACUCCCAGAUGCAGAAGUGAUAGUCAACAUGUCUCUCACAGAUACAAUGACACAAGAUGACACUGAUGGAUAAUGGAAACUGGCCUGUACUCCCCCGCCCCAAAAAAUGGGGGAAUCUCAGCUGCCUUGCUGAUGUGAAGCCCAUCUUUCUGCUCAGUAGGGGAAACCGGAAUGCAGGAGGACAAGGCUGCCUGUCCUGCUUGCCUGAAUGCAGUGAUUAAAGCUGGAAGAGAUUACAGCUAAUUCAAUCUUUUAGAGACCCUAAAAUAUCACUUAGGAUUUUGGCGGGGGACACACACAUCUCAUCUCUCCACCUUCCUGCCUGUUCCCCCUGGGGCCCCUUAGAUCACAUUUUGCAAACUGGCUGCAGGUACAGCAGAGAUGUAGCUAAAAUGACUUUGAAGCAGUUCGCAAUAGCGGUUCAGUUACACAGCCCAGUGUUCCUCUCAUCUUGGUGGGUAAAUAAGCCAGCACGGACUGCUUGGCUGCCAGUGUUUUAGGGUGUUACACUUUGAUGCUGGAUGUAGGGUGUAAGCCAGUGCAAGUCACCCUGACCCUGUGACUGUAUCCAGGAGCUCACUUCAGGGCUUGGCUCUGCUCUUCACUGUGCCAGGCUCUGUGCUCCCAGCACAAGCAGCUGGCAUGUCCCACCAUGGUCCUUGUCCUGUCAGCAGCCAGGAGUUUACAUGCUCAGAAGCUGCUGUUUCUUCCAUCACUGGUUAGCAAGGACUGAUCACAUGUUCUUUACUGAAGGACUUUGUCAUCAAUUUUUCUAUGUCAUAAAACCAUUAAUUGUGCAGUACUUUAGCUGUCUGUCUCCUAUCCGUCAAGGAAAAGAAGAGCUCCUGCCAGGACCUGCCAAUAAAAUGCUGGAGUAUUUCUAGCUCUCUGGGCAGCGAUGGGUAUCAUUCCAGAGGUGCUGGAUGUGGGGUCAGCGCAUUGUUUCCCCUUGUUUCCCCUGCCCAACAGGGCUCAAGGUGCCACUUCUAUUGCUGCUGCUGAAGGUGGAGGUCAGCAUUGCCUCCAGGUGCCAGAUGUCACCUCCAUUUCUCUGCUUCUCUGUCAUCUCGGAUGCCAGCCCCUUUGCAUACCACCUUUCUCCAUCCAUGGGGAGCCCAGCAGGCUAUUUUGCUGGUAAAAUACCAUUCUUCAAGUUUCACCUACAGCCGAGAUGCAGCCUGAGAGCAGAGGUGGUUCAUUGAGAGCAACUCAGCUCUGCUGUGCUCAGCUUACGAGUCCAGGCUUGAGCUAGAAAGCCUGCUGAUCUCUGGGUUGACUUCAUGCAGUGACAGCAGCAUAGUGUGCUGGACACCUCCUCCCUCAAUUCUCCCUCAUCUUUCAGCUUUAUUGUCUUCCGUUAUGGUCCUGCCAUAAAGCCCAAAUUCAGCAAAGUGAGCAUAGCAUUUUAAGGUAGUAUGAGGAGUAAAGUGUUUAAUGCUUUUGUCUAGAUUUACAUAUCCCAUCAACUAAUCUCUUUCCCCAGCUGGCACCCAAAAGCUGGGCUGAUUUCCACUGGCUAAGAAUAUGUUUGUACGCAUUCACAUCUUCUGAUCUAUCAGCACAAAAUUAAGCCCCUUAUCUCAUUUUGGGACUAGCUACAGAGCAGACAUGGGCUGUUGAGCGUUUUACUUCCAGUAAAAAGCUCAGGAGUGUCUAAGACAGGGAUGCAGCAGCAGAACCUUGGGUCACUAAUGUUUAUCUGACAUUCCCAUCUUAGCACAACAGCACAGGAUUGCAACAAGAUAAGUCUCAUGGUACAGAAGCAAAACCAAUAAAUAAUAAUCCUGCCUUUUCCUUGCAAGCCAAUCUCCACAUUGCUGCCAUUACUCCAGGCAAACUCUUGAGAGAAGGAAACCAAUGUAUGCCUGCUGGGAUCCACAUGUACACCACAGCACAAAUGAUUCCAAGGAUGCUUUUAUCCUCUUGGUCCAUACUUCAUCUCUGUACAUGUCCCUGUCCCAGUGUUGCUGGUGCUAAGUUCUGCUCUCCUUUCUCCAAGGAGUGCUGCUUUUGCUGUGUGGACUUCAGGAUCUGCACUUUUGCUGAAAGUGGAGACUGAGAUGUGGAAAGCUUUCUUUCUUACUGCAGUAAAGUUAUUUGCCAAGAAAUUACAAGCGUGGUUUGUCUGGAAAGAGAGGAUGGGGAGUGUGCCAUCUGCUUGUCACGUAAGCAUGACUCCUCCAGUAACUUAGGUUUAUCUCCAGCAAACAUUUCCCAUAGGAUUGUGAGAACUCUCCAGUAGCUGCUAAUUGCUAGCCCAACACCUUCAGCCACCAGCAAGGGUGAACGUAGAGCCCAGCCUUCCCUCUGUG